AUGCUUCAACUCCUGUUGAUGGCGGCGUUUGCGGCGGCGCCGCUUAUGCUCUACAUACCUCCGAUUCGCAGCCUCAAUUCCUCCCUCCGGUCAGCCAAGCUCUUGUUCGCCGGCGCCGUUUCAUAUACCCUCAGCUUCUGCCUGAAUCUACGCGACGUCGUUUCGAGUUUCCGACGUUAUGACAAUGUGACAUCUUGUGGCAAAUGGGGGUAUAAACACAAUGUGCAUGGGGGCAUUCAGUUUCCUUUUUGCAACGAAAUCGCUAGCUCGUUCGGUUUGGGAAGGUCCGAGUUCUUUAAACCAAAGGGUGUUGAUGGUUUCAUCGGACCCAAAAUAGUAUAUGCCAGUGACCCAAAAUAG